AUGGGAUCCGAAAUGAAGUCAGCCCCUGUGCUGUCGACAGCCGAUGAUCGGAUUCUCGAAGAAACUGCACCGGUGGCGUCGCGCGACCCAGCCGCCCCAGUGUCCGACGAUGAACUCUCCAUUACCUACGAUAUUGAGCGCACAUUGAAGGAAAUUCGACAGGCUCGAUACAAGCGUAUUGCUCUCCAAUUUCCUGAUGAUAUGCUUCCGGAUGCCCCGCGAGUAUUCCAAUUGCUCAGCCGGGGACUGGAGCAUGACGUUGGAACUGCCAACGGUACCUCGACUCAAGCCAACGGCAGCAACGCCGAUGAUUUGGCUCACUCAGUCUCGGAGCUCCAGGUAGAGGAGAAGAGUGAGCCUUGGUCCCCGCGGUUGACCAUUUUGGCCGAUACAUCUUACGGCACCUGCUGUGUCGAUGAAGUCGCAGCGGAGCAUGUGGACGCCGACGCGGUCGUGCACUACGGGAGGUCAUGUUUGUCGCCAACGGCUCGGCUGCCUGUGAUCUACGUGUUUACACACAAGUAUCUGCCUUUGGAGCCGGUUGUCCGCGCAUUCAAGGAGACACACCCUGAAUUGACCACCAAAGUGGUCAUCGCGGCCGACGUGACCUUUGCAGACCACGUCCCCGCAGUAUACGCUCGCCUGGUCGAAGAGGGAUACACAAAUCUUUUUGCGACGGAUAUUGUCCACGAUCCCUCUUCAUCUAUUCCCAAUCGUACUGUCCCAAGCUCAGUCCAAGAGUUACCAGAGACACUUGGUGACUGGCAACUCUUCCACAUCUCCGAUCCACCAACAGCUCUCAUGAUGACUCUGGCGUCUCGCGUAGCUGCGAUCCACAUCUAUCCUACAGAUGACCUCUCUAAUGAGAAUGUCAAGCCCUUGCCUGCAUCUACUGCAGCUGUGUUGCGACGUCGUUACGGUACUCUUGCCUCGCUGACAACGGUGCCCAUCUGGGGCAUUCUCAUCAACACACUCAGUGUGAAGAACUACUUGCACAUUGUUGAGCAUGUGAAGGAACGCAUUGCCGAGGCCGGCAAGAAAAGCUACAUGUUCGUCGUUGGCAAACUCAAUGCUGCCAAGGUAGCCAAUUUCAGCGAGAUCGGUGGCUGGGUGGUCAUUGGAUGCUGGGAAAGUUCUUUGGUGGACAGCAAGGACUUCUGGAAGCCAGUUAUUACCCCUUUCGAACUAGAACUUGCCUUGAAGGACGACUCAGACCGCGUGUGGACAGGCGCAUGGCAAAGUGAUUUCCAGGCCGUUCUCGACCAACCGGCCCAGACUCCCGGAGACGAAAAUGUUGAGCAGACCAAUGCAGCCGCAUCCGAUGAAGAUGACAUGUCAGAACCCGAAUCGGCACCGCCCGAGUUUGACCUGCGGACUGGUCGAUACGUCUCAAAUUCCCGUCCCAUGCGGCAACCCGCGUCCCGCGCUUCUCAGAUCGAUGGAUCAUCCACCACCGGCCCAUCCGCUGCUAGGGCGCUGGCUCGUCGCACUAAAGGCGAUCUGGCUAUGAUCGGCGGCGCCGUUUCACCGGGCGCAGAAUUUUUACGGUCGCAGCGGACCUGGAAGGGACUGGGCAGCGAUUUCGACAUUCGAUAUGAUGAUGAAGACGAUGAGGAUAGCACUUUGGUGAAAGAAGGGCGCAAGGGUAUUGCCAAGGGAUACACUGUAGGAGAUACUUCAGACAGGCAUUAG